AUGGCGGUUUGGGAGUUGGAUCCUGACAGCUUUCCAAGCUCUGACCGUUUCUCUAGUGCAUUCUUCAAGCGAUGCUGGCAGAUCAUGGAAAGGGAAAUGUGUAAUGUAGUCAGAUAUUUUUUCAGCUUGAGCUACAUGCCUAGUGGGGUCAACAAUAACUUUAUGGUCCUGAUUCCCAAAGUGGAUGGAGCUGAUACCUUAGAUAAAUUCCGGCCGUUGUGCAUGGGAAGCUUUUUUUGUAAGAUUAUAUUGAAGCAAGUGUUGCGUCGCUUUGGCUUCUCAAAAAAGUGGAUUACUUCGCUUCACCAACUUAUGGUAUCAACUAGGAUAUCAAUCCUUAUCAAUGGAGAUCCGCAGGGCUAUUUUGGUGUGGAGCGUGGGUUGAGGCAAGGGGAUCCCAUCUCUCCGAUGCCGUUUAUUAUAGCGGAAGAAGUCCUUACCAGAGGACUGAAGAGGCUGAUCCAGACAAAUAAUCUGAAGACGAUUCAUGGUCCUAAAGGCGUCCCUACCCCUGGACAUAUCUUCUUUGCCAACGCCAUAUUUAUCUUCUCCAAUGCUUCUUUGAGGUAUGUUCGUAAUUUAAGAGAUUUUUUGUGCAAGUACCAAGAGUUCUCUGGUCAGUCUAUUAAUUUUGAGAAAAACAAAUUUUUCCUUGGAAAAAUUGCUUCGACCCGCAAGCAGACCUUUGCUGAGACCCUUGGCAUCCCAAUUUGUAACUUCCCCACUCGUUAUCUAGGAGUGGAGAUAUUCAAAGGGAGAGUGAAAAAAGAAGCCUUAAUGCCGAUCAUGGACAGAGUGAAGGGUAGACUUGCAGGAUGGAAAGGGAAGCUCCUAUCAAUGGCAGAGAGAGUGGAAUUGGUAUGCUCUGUGAUCUCUGGUAUUCUGAAUCACAACUUUGCAGUGUAUUGGUGGCUGUCUUCCCUUCUUGCCACCAUGGAGAGGUGGAUGAGAAACUUCAUCUGGUCAGGGGAGGUAGAUAUUGCGAAGACGAUAACAGUGAAGUGGGAUACCUUAUGCAAACCCAAAGAGGAAGGGGGUCUGGGAAUAAGAAGACUUAGAGACACAAACAAGGCUUUACUUGGUAAAUUGGUUUGGAGAAUGAAGCAUGAAAGGUCUGCAGCCUGCGCUUUCCUCAGAGCUCGCUUUGUUAAGAAGGAGGGUCUCUUCAAUAAGGGAUGCCGCCAUUCAUCGAUUGCUAUGUGA